GUUUGUAUGGAAACUAGUUAACUAGCUCUGCUGGCUAUAACCCUGCUAAAAUGGCGGACCAUCUGCACACAUCAUACUCCCCAAAGGCCUAUGGAAAACACCGAUUAACCCUCAACAACAGACAGGAGGCGCUACAGCGUGAGAUUAUCUCUAUCUUUAGGGCGAAGAAGAAGAAGACGACGAUGACUUCAGGCUUGUUUACCAAAUUCUCUAAAUGGCAAAAUAGCUUUACACCCUAGUUGAGCAUCUGUUUUCUAAUACUUGUUUGUUUUUGUAUCAGUUGUCCUUCUUGUGAACUGCAUUGUGCGUGUAAUAGUUAACUAUUACUAACAUUAGCUUUCCUGCCUAACAUGGAGGAACCGUGGGAUUUCGAGUUCCUCUCUCGUGUCGUUGACAGUUUAGUGUCUUUUCUGGCCGAAUUUGUGGACGACUGGUUGGCCAACGACAUGAGAGUCGCCGUGUUCAAAAUCCUUUUCAGCUGGCUCAUCCUUAGUUUAAUCGCCAUACAUUUCGCUUGGAAAGUUUACGGUAACACAGUGAACGAUAUGUACUACAGGCAAGGGACUGGAGGACAGAAUGGUGGCACACCAGAUACAGCACCUCACCUGAGUGGAUGGGAGAAUGCUGCCAGAGAAAUCCUAAAGUCACACCACGAGUGAUCAGACACCAGUUGAGUUCAUAUUUUGGCUUGAGAUGGGAUCAUGGUGACUAAUAGGACCCAAGACUUACUGUAACUGCAUUGCUGAAGGGGUUCAUAUGAAGGUCUUGAGAAGUUGUGAUUAUUUAUGGCACACAAUUUAAAAAAAGGAACCAGUUCUAUGGCUUGGUGAAAAGGAGUGGAAGAACUGUGACUGAUAUUUGAGACAUCUAACAGCACUUUGUUGGAAAGACUGUUUGUAAAAAGUAAAUUAUAUGAAUCCUGAUCUGGAUUGAGUUUCGUGUCCACCCUUUCAGUUGCUAGCUUGUACAUAUAGCAGUGAAGAACAUGCUCUCCUAGUCUCAGACUGCUCAGCUUCUGAGCAGCCACUAUUGCCAUUUUAUUUAUAUCAAGAUAUUUAGCAUUUCUUAAACUUACCAAGUGAGCCUGAGCUGUACAAGAGGGACAACGUUGGUUACAAGAAGACACCUAAUUCUAAUAAUUAAAUGAAUAAAAUAAAGUGAACUUAACUUUGUGUUCAACAGAUGACCCAGAAAAACAAUGUAGUGUUAUCUUGUAAGUCUUACUGAAAAUAUUGGGAUUUCACCAGCAGCUCUUAUUCCAUAGUUGACUGAAAUGAAAAUAACAGCAAGUAUGUUCACAGGUGUAAGCAAAUAAUUUAAUGUAUUUGUCUGCACAGUAACCAGACAAGUUUUUUUUUUUUGUGCACGCGCGUGUGUAGAACAGCAGACCGUCGGCCACAACACACAUACCUAUGCACUCUGAGUGAAAGCUGUUGACACUCUACUGUGAAAAACAAUAAAAGGUCAUUCAUACAAAUGUUA